AUGCGAUGUGAUGUACGGCAGGUGAUGCUGAAGCCUCCUUCUCCCGAUCCUCUUUACGGGAUGCACGACGAGGAGCAGCUGAUCGACUUCAGCGACGUGGACAUCCGUCUCCCGAUGCUGGUGUACAUGUCCCGCGAGAAGCGUCCCGGCUACGACCACAACAAGAAGGCCGGCGCCAUGAACGCCCUGGUGCGCUGCUCCGCCGUGAUGUCCAACGGGCCCUUCAUCCUCAACUUCGACUGCGACCACUACAUCAACAACGCGCAGGCCAUCCGCGAGGCCAUGUGCUUCGUGAUGGACCGCGGCGGCGAGCGCAUCGCCUACAUCCAGUUCCCGCAGCGCUUCGAGGGCAUCGACCCCUCCGACCGCUACGCCAACAACAACACCGUCUUCUUCGACGGCAACAUGCGCGCGCUGGACGGCCUGCAGGGCCCCAUGUACGUCGGCACGGGCUGCAUGUUCCGCCGCUUCGCGCUCUACGGCUUCGACCCGCCGCGCACCACCGAGUACACCGGCUUGCUCUUCAAGAAGAAGAAGGUGACGCUCAGCAAGGUGGCGGACCCGGCGGGCGAGACGGACACGCAGUCGCUCAACCACAAGCAGCAGGGCGGUGGUGGGGCGGUGGACUUCGACGCCGAGCUCACGUCGAUGAUUGUGCCCAGGCGGUUCGGCAACUCGUCGGCGCUGAUGGCGUCCAUCCCCGUGGCCGAGUUCCAGGCGCGGCCGCUGGCGGACCACCCGGCCGUGCAGCACGGGCGGCCCCCCGGGUCGCUGACGGUGCCCCGGCCGCCGCUGGACCCGCCGACCGUGGCGGAGGCCGUGUCCGUCAUCUCCUGCUGGUACGAGGACAAGACGGAGUGGGGGGACCGCGUGGGCUGGAUCUACGGCUCCGUGACGGAGGACGUGGUGAGCGGCUACCGCAUGCACAACCGCGGGUGGCGCUCCGUCUACUGCAUCCCCAAGCGCGACGCGUUCCUGGGCACGGCGCCCAUCAACAUGACGGACCGCCUCCACCAGGUGCUGCGCUGGGCCACCGGGUCCGUGGAGAUCUUCUUCUCGCGGAACAACGCCUUCCUGGCGUCGCGGAGGCUCAUGUUCCUGCAGCGGGUGGCCUACCUCAACGUCGGCAUCUACCCCUUCACCUCCAUCUUCCUGCUGGUCUACUGCUUCAUCCCGGCGCUGUCCCUCUUCUCGGGCUUCUUCAUCGUGCAGACGCUCAACGUCGCCUUCCUCUGCUACCUGCUCACCAUCACCAUCACCCUCAUCGCGCUGGGCAUCCUCGAGGUCAAGUGGUCCGGCAUCGAGCUCGAGGACUGGUGGCGCAACGAGCAGUUCUGGCUCAUCUCCGGAACCAGCGCGCACCUGUACGCCGUGGUGCAGGGGCUGCUCAAGGUCAUGGCCGGCAUCGAGAUCUCCUUCACCCUCACGGCCAAGGCGGCGGUGGAAGACAACGAGGACAUCUACGCCGACCUCUACGUGGUGAAGUGGUCCUCGCUGCUCAUCCCGCCCAUCACCAUCGGCAUGAUCAACCUCAUCGCCAUCGCCUUCGCCUUCGCGCGCACCGUCUACAGCGACAACCCGCGCUGGGGCAAGUUCAUCGGCGGCGGCUUCUUCAGCUUCUGGGUGCUGGCGCACCUCUACCCCUUCGCCAAGGGGCUCAUGGGCCGCCGCGGCAAGACGCCCACCAUCGUCUUUGUUUGGUCGGGACUCAUCUCCAUCACCAUCUCCCUGCUCUGGGUCGCCAUCAGCCCGCCGGAGGCCAGCUCCGGCGGCCGCAGCGCUGGCUUCCAGUUCCCUUGA